CGGCUACCGGAAGCUACGUCAUCUGAUGGAUUUAAAUGUUUUUUAUUUUAUUUUCCUGGAUGAAGAUUAAUCUCGUUCGAAGAAAAUUGAUUUUGUCGUUAAUCUGUGAUUCAGGGGUAGGAUCCACCCGUGAUUAAAACGACUGGUAUGACGUGACGGCCAGCGUUAAUUUGUAUCAAAGUGAGUUUGGUACGGUGACAAUGUAUGGCUAUAUCUAGCCACCUGGCUACAGCUGUAACAUUCACCGGAAGCCGAUCACCAGGGGAAAGCAACACCUGGCUCCACGUAGUGCGUUCCCAACCAUGAGGAGGUGACAGCCAGCUCACUCUGCUGCUAGGUCUUGCUGCUUGGACAUAUGGCAAGGAUCACUUUCUCAUGCCUGCCAGCCUCCUGGUACUGCAGUGUGUCCUUGCUGUCUCUGGGCUGUGUUCCCAGGCAAAGGGCCUUCUUCCUGGUGUUCCUCACCUGCUCUGCCCUGGUUUUCCUGGGGGUCUACCAGACUGAGCUCUGGGGGCCCCAGCGCCACAGGGGACAGGUCAACAAAUACCUCUCAUCUGUGGAGACCAUGGAGGCUACCGAUGUCACCAACGCAGCUCUAAACUAUGGGAUCGUGGUGGACUGCGGCAGCAGCGGCUCCAGGGUGUAUGUGUACUACUGGCCCCCCCACCAUGGAAACCUCCACACCCUGCUGGACAUCAGGCAGAUGAGGGACCACGACCGCCACCCUGUGGUCAUGAAGAUCAAACCUGGUAUUUCCACCAUGGCGCUGAGCCCAGCCAAGGCCAGUGACUACCUCCAUCCCCUCCUUUCCUUCGCUGCCACCCAUGUCCCCAGGAAGAAACACAAGGAGACUCCUCUCUAUAUCCUCUGUACUGCUGGUAUGAGACUGCUGCCUGAGAGUCAGCAGGCUGCUAUCCUGGAGGACUUGGUAAGAGAUGUUCCAGUGGAGUUUGACUUCCUGUUCUCCAGCUCCCAUGCAGAGGUGAUCUCUGGGAAACAGGAAGGUGUGUAUGCAUGGAUUGGUAUUAACUUUGUGUUGGGACGCUUUGACCAUGCAGAGUAUGAAGAUGAUGCAAUGGUGGAGGUCACUACAGGGUCACAGAACCAUCACCCAAUUAGCCGGCGGCGUACGGUGGGCAUCAUGGACAUGGGCGGAGCCUCGCUGCAGAUAGCCUAUGAGGUGCCUAGCGCGGUCCACUUCAGUUCACCUGAACAGGAGGAGUCUGGUAAGAGCCUGCUGGCAGAGUUUAACCUGGGCUGUGAUUCAGAGCACACACAGCAUGUCUACCGUGUAUAUGUCACCACAUUCCUGGGCUUCGGGGGGAACAUGGCUCGACAACGCUACGAAGACCAGCUGGUCAACUCAACCAUCACCAAGAACAGGCUGACAGGCGAUCAGACAGGCAUGAUGGAAGCCACGCCCCUUACGGACCCGUGCCUCCCUGUCGGCCUAUCAGACGUGGUGCGUCGGGAUGGGCGUGCGGUCCACCUGAGAGGGCAGGGGGACUGGGCGCGGUGCCAGGGGGCAGUCAGGCCUUUCCUGGGUCUCCACAAUGGCACCAUGGGAUCCCCCAGGGGGGUGUACCAGGCCCCCAUCGACUACAGCAACUCAGAGUUCUACGGCUUCUCUGAGUUCUUCUACUGCACCGAGGAUGUACUGAGGAUGGGGGGACCGUACGACAGCGCCAAGUACUCCAAGGCUGCCACGGACUAUUGUGCCACCAAGUGGUCAACUCUGACCAAGCGUCUAGACAGCAAGCUGUUCUCUAAACAAGCAGACUCCUCCAGACUGAAGUACCAGUGUUUUAAGUCAGCCUGGAUGUUCCAGGUGCUCCACUCAGGCUUCAGGUUCCCUAAGGACUACCCCGGCCUGAAGACUGCUCAGCUGGUCUAUGACAAGGAGGUGCAGUGGACCCUGGGAGCCAUCCUGUUUAAGACACGCUUCCUGCCUCUCAGGGACCUCCAGGCAGAGUCAUUUAAACAGGGCCACUCCAACUGGCUGCGUUCCUCCUUCGUCUACAACCACUACCUGUUUUUUGCCUGUAUCCUGGUGGUCCUGCUGGCCAUUCUGCUGUACAUCCUCCGCCUCCGCAGGAUCCACCAGCGAGAACAGAGGCAGGCUGAGGCCCUGAACCUGCUCUGGGUGGAGGAGGGGGAGGCUCUGCUGGCCUGAUCCAGGAUCAGUUUAGACUGAAUCUUUCUUGACCUGAGGCCUUGGGUGUGGUCGGGGUUAAUGAUCUAGGAUGAGUCGUGAUGCUCUAAGUAACUGGUGUUCAUAGCCUGGUAUGCACAGCUCUAGGAUCAACCUUUCACCAUCUGAGUUGUAGGCUUGACUGGUGCGCUCUAUGUUAAGAGGCACUGAUCUAGGAUCAGAUUAUCAACCGCAAAUCAUGACCUUGACUGUGACCAACGGCCUGUUGGGACAAUGAUCUAGGACCAGUUUAGUCACGCUGAAUCAUAAUGUUGACUAUUGGCUAGAAAUGCAAUAGCAACGUCAUCCUACAACGAAGGUUUGAAUUAUGGGGAUGCUGGACACUCCCGUUUUUUACAAAAUCUUUACACCCCAGAUACAGAUAUCAACGUUGACCUGACCGUGAGCUCCCUCGUAAAACAGAAAAUGUCAACCAAGGUCCAAAUCACUAUUUAUAGUAACCUCUGACCUAGAGUGUUGAUGUAAACAUAAGUAGGAGGGGCCAUAUAACUGGAACCUUCAAAAGGGGGAGGAGAAUUGCAGGAUGUGGGCGAAACAUCGUAAAGGGAAAACUGUGGAUCGUUAAAACAACGAAACAGAGGAGAAUCCCAAUAGGUGAAAGACUGAGGACCGAGCCAUUCUAUUUCUAUUGUAGAUAAUUCACUGUUGCAGAGGGACCACUGUAUUGGCCAUUUUGUGUGAAGGCAGGUGAAGCUUGACGUUUGAGGCUGAAGUUGCCCUUAACCACAGAUCUAGAAUCAAGUAACCUACUCCUAAUCCUAACCUUAACCAUUAGGGGGAUGCAAAUAAAAUCUGACCCUGUAUCUGUGGUUAGGGGUAACUUCUAGCUACUCUUUGAUGAAAAGGGUGCCUCUAUGAUUGUCUGUUUGGACAGUAUUGUAACCAUGACGAUACAAACUGUAUCUGACCAGUAUACUUCCUGUAAAUCAAACAGGAACUGCAUUCAUUCCUUAAUAAUCCCACUGUGGGAAUGCUUUUGAUUUGAAGCUUUCAAAUAGAAAAAAAGCUUUAUUGAUUUGUAUUGAAAAACUACAAUGAGGAAUCAAACAUGGGGCGGCAGGUAGCCUAGUGGUUAGAGCGUUGGGCCAGUAACCGAAAGGUUGCUUGAUUGAAUCCCCGAGCUGACAAGGUAAAAAUCUGUCAUUCUGCCCCUGAACAAGGCAGUUAACCCACUGUUCCCCAGGCACCGAAGACGUGGAUGUCGAUUACGGCAGGUUGGGUUAAAUGCGGAAGACACAUUUCAGUUGAAUGCAUUCAGUUGUACAACUGACUAGGUAUCCCCCUUUCUCUUCUCAAACAAUUUAUUAGCUGAAUCUCAAAUGUUUGAGAUAUCCCUUUUUAACGUUUUUAAACUGUUUCUUUUGGUGCUGGGAACAGCUGAGCCAGUUAUGUUGAUGACAAGCUAGUAGAGUGAAACGGGUUGUCAGUGUUUAAUGGAUUGAAGUUGAUGCCUUCUGAUUGCAUUGUGUUGAACUGUGGUACACACACACACACACACACACACACAAACUGAACUCCAAGUUGUGUGUUACUAUGUCAAACUGUCAAUGUUAGUUACCCACCUGCUCCUCACCUGCCCUGUACUGUAAAUAUCCAAUCAGCCAUCACUAUCGGUUUGCUCUACUCCUCUUGAUAA